GUAACAUGGGAUUCUUCCAUCCUCCAACUCCAAAUCCAACUCCAGAAAGACAGCCUCAAUUCAUCGCAACCAUGUAAUUACGAUAAUUGCCAAUUGUAUAAUAUAGUUUCAAUCUAUUGAUCCAUUAUUUUCCUACCUCAUGGGCCGAGUUUUCGUUCUGUUAGCUUUGGGGUAAACAAGCGUUGGAAUCCAAGCUAUUCAUAUCCGAUCCCUUCGCAAUUGUCGACUCGUUUCCGCCGAAACUGCGAUCGGAACCAUGGCGGUGCAGUCUAAGCUCGUUUUCCCCGAUCGGUCCCUUAAGAGCAUCGUCGCUCAAUUGACACAUCUAUACGUCGAGAACCGAACCCGAAUCUCCCGCGUAGUAUACCUUACUCUCCUCGUUGCCCUCGUGAACCGCGUUCGACAUGCCAUCUCCGAGCAGAAAGCCGCGUCUGCGCGCGAAGCUGCUAAGCGAAAAUCAGGGACGACUUCGAGCGAUGGCACUGAGGUGACGAAAAAGAAGAAGGUGGAGCUAAAUCGCGAGUUCUUCAAGGCCUUGUUAAGGCUGCUGAAGAUAGUUGUCCCUGGCGUGCGAAGCAAGGAGACUCGGUUGCUCAUUAGUCACAGCUUCUUCCUAGUCGUACGGACGCUUAUAAGCUUGAAAGUUGCCGAGAUGGACGGCGCGAUUGUGAAAGCCCUCGUAAAAGGAAGUGGGAAGGAAUUUCUUACUAGAAUCGUCUGGUGGAUGUUGAUUGCGGUCCCCGCGACCUUUACAAAUUCCAUGUUAUCAUAUCACCAAGCCGAAUUGUCGCUUAGAUACCGAACACGGUUAACCCAGUUUAUCCAUGACAAAUACCUAUCCCAACUCACAUUCUACGGCAUCUCUGCGCUAGACGACCGGAUAAAGAACCCGGAUCAGCUCAUCGCAGUUGACGUCGCGAAGUUUUCAAAUAGCUUAGCUGAGCUAUAUAGUAAUUUAGCUAAGCCUAUAUUAGACAUGACUAUUUAUACAUGGUCGCUGUCGAAGAGUGUUGGUGGCGAAGGCGUCAUGUUCAUGUCUUUACUCGUUCAGCUCUCAGCUCACCUUAUGCGUGCUUUAACACCUCCCUUUGGGAAAUACGUUGCAGACGAAGCAAGACUCGAGGGGGAAUUCCGAUUUCAACAUUCGAGACUCAUCGACCAUAGUGAGGAAGUGGCUCUUUACCAUGGUCACGAAGCGGAAAAGGAUACGCUCGACAAGGGCUACUUCACGCUAAUCAAGCAUGUGAAUUACAUCUUGCGUCGGAGAUUUUACCAUGGAGUCAUGGAGGAUUUCGUCAUCAAAUAUUUCUGGGGCGCUCUUGGCCUUCUGCUUUGCAGCGUGCCCGUCUUUUUCAAGCUGCCCAACCAAUUAGGCGGUGCGACCGCCAACAUGGGUGAUCGAACGGAAAUGUUCGUUACGAAUAGGCGAAUGUUGCUCAGCGCAUCCGACGCAUUUGGCCGUGUCAUGUUUUCUUAUCGGGAGAUCAUGGAGUUAGCUGGUUAUACGUCACGUGUCGCGUCGUUGCUGGAAGUUAUGGACGAUAUUCAGGCUGGGCGUUUUGAGAAGAAACUCGUCUCCAGUUCGGGCAUUGAGGACAAUGAAGCCGUGCUGAAAGGUAGAGGGAAGGUGGUGGAGAGUAAGGACAUCGAAUUCAUCGACGUACCAAUCAUCUCUCCCAACGGAGACGUCCUAGUCAAGAAGCUCUCGUUUUCACUCAAGCACGGCGAGCACCUUCUCGUCGUUGGCCCGAACGGCUGUGGAAAAUCAAGUCUUUUCCGAAUUUUGGGUGGUCUAUGGCCUGUGUACGGUGGUACUGUAUAUAAGCCACCAUUCACGGACAUCUUCUAUAUCCCCCAACGACCAUACCUAUCGCGCGGCAGUCUUCGUCAACAGAUUACUUACCCGGAUAGCCUUCGAACCGUUCGCGCGCGCGGCGUAACUGAUUCCCAACUGCUCGACAUUCUGAAGAUUCUCUCUUUAGAACAUCUUGUUGAUCUUUAUCCAGAAGGCUGGGAUGCAGAGGCCGAAUGGCGUGACGUUCUCUCGGGUGGCCUACAACAGCGCGUGGCCAUGGCUCGUCUAUUCUACCAUAAGCCGAGGUAUGCGAUUCUGGACGAAUGCACGAGUAGCGUGACGCUUGAGACCGAGAAGGUCAUGUACGAUAAUGCGAAGGCCUUGGGAAUCACGUUGAUGACUGUGAGUCACAGGCGAAGUCUCUGGAAGUACCAUAGUAGGAUUCUACAAUUCGAUGGACAGGGGCACUUCGUAUUUACGAAGCUUGACGCCGAGAGGAGGUUGAAGCUUGAAGACGAGAAGGAGGACUUGGAGGUUUUACUCCGGCAGGUGCCGGAUAUCGAAAGAAGAAUUGGCGAGUUGACCGCCGGAUGAGGGCCGGAGAAACGUAUUCGAAUAGAUUAGGAUGCAUAAGGACAAUUGACGAAUCAGGGACAUGCUCAAUGUUGUAUAGUAUGUAGAAGAUGUAUAUAACCUAACUAGCCGCAAUGCUAAAAGCCGUUAACACGCGAUAGU